AUGACAUCUCCAGCCAAAUCAGAUUUUCCCAAGUUUGUGGAUGGGGAUGUCCUCAUCGUCAUCUCACCAACUCAAGUCUACAAGCUCCACUCUCAAGUUGUCGCCACUCAUUCCUCUCUUUUCGCCGAGCAGAUUGCCUCCAAGCCAGGACCUCGCCUUAAUGCACAGGCUCGCCGCGAGAAUGCGGCCGCGUACCGUUUCGAAUUCAAGCGGGCUGUUGCGGACAAUGAGUUUGGCGGAUUCGUCCGUGUGGAGAUCAACGAGUCUGGGCGGGUUGUAGGCCCCAGCAUGAAUCUUCUGAUGCCAGACUUCGAAAAUGGAAAGGCGACCGACAACUCCAACCGUGCAUGGGAUUGGCUCUUUGGCAUCUUCUACAACCGUGACCCUGUCUUCGAUGACAGCAGCUUGGCCAAUCUGCUCUCCUGUGUCGUUGCUCUCAUUCAGUGUGCGGAAUCUGUGAGCUCACUUGAACACGUCCGCGACGUGGUGGACCUCGCGUUGAUGCGUCAAGACACUGUCCUUUGGACUUCUAUCUUGGGUAACCCACACGCCUGGCUUGAGCUUGGUCGCCGCGUUCAAUCCCCUACUAUCUACAGCGAAGCAGCUAUCCAUUUGAUCGGCCAGUGGGGAUCCAUCACCGAAGAGGAGAAGAAUCGUAUCAGUGAAGAUAUCCGUGUCAUCUUGGAUCGCAAGGCAACUGAACUUGCUCUCGUGAAAGAGGCCAUUGAGCUGCGCAUGCUAGGUCACUACCCGGAGUUUAUGCGCCGUACUGCAGCCGACAAACCUGGUCGACCUUCAUACUCCAGCGACAUCUACAUGUGGAUGGCAGUUUGCUUUUUCCGACAGUGGUUCUCUCAAAACAUCUCUGACGAUCGCACCCGACGCGCACCUGACGGAGGCCUGAACUUCUACACCUCACUCCACGAAGGUGGUCCAGCCUAUCUCGACCACAUGGACUUUCAGGAGUUCCAUAAAUAUUUCCCGAUGAGUAUCAAGGCGUGUCAUGUGCUCGAGGCGAACAUGGGUGUCCUCAAGGAAGACAUCAAGCGAUUCGUCGAGGAUCUCAUGGUCGAACGCACCCACUUGAAGAGAGACCAGCAUGAGAUCUACUGGUUGACAUGUGCAACCAUCGAAAAGGGGGAUAUGCCAUGGUACACCCCAGAUUCGACCGCGAAAUCAACCGAUGCAUUGCAAAGCAUGUACGACGACAUGGAAGACCAUUUGCACCAUGGUGUCGACGACGAUGUGGAAGACGAGCUGGACCACGACAUAGAAGGACAGAAGAUGAUGCAGAUGUGGGCUAACGCCAACAGCGGUACUAAACGCACGAGCCGCAACGACAAUCACGCUCGCGCUCGUGCAACACCAAAGAAGCGUGCUAGCCUUGCCGAUUACGACAGCGCCAACAACUCCGACUUGGACGCAGAGUCCUCAGAUGAGAUGUUCGUGAGAGAAGCUGCGCCUGACUUGAUGGAGGAGUGA